CGCCGGGAGCCGGCCAUGGGCUUUCGCGACGUAUCUGCCACGAUGCCUGGGUCUCUUCCAGUGAAUGUUGAAUCCUGUUGGCCCAAAGAUGUGGGAAUUGUUGCACUGGAAAUAUAUUUUCCCUCUCAGUACGUUGACCAGACAGAGCUGGAGAAGUAUGAUGGUGUGGAUGCUGGGAAAUACACCAUUGGGCUAGGCCAGUCAAAGAUGGGGUUCUGCUCCGACCGGGAGGAUAUCAAUUCUCUCUGCUUGACUGUGGUUCAGAAGCUCAUGGAGAGGAACAGCCUUUCCUAUGAUUGUAUCGGGAGAUUAGAAGUUGGAACGGAGACAAUAAUUGAUAAAUCAAAAUCUGUAAAGACUGUCCUGAUGCAGCUUUUUGAAGAAUCUGGUAAUACAGAUGUCGAAGGAAUCGACACCACCAAUGCAUGCUAUGGAGGCACCGCUGCUCUUUUUAAUGCUAUUAAUUGGAUUGAGUCCAGUUCUUGGGAUGGACGCUAUGCGCUUGUUGUUGCUGGAGAUAUAGCUGUGUAUGCCACUGGAAAUGCCAGGCCAACAGGUGGAGCUGGUGCUGUUGCUAUGCUAGUUGGUCCAAAUGCUCCAUUAAUUUUUGAGAGAGGAUUGCGUGGAACCCACAUGCAGCAUGCGUAUGACUUCUAUAAACCAGAUAUGGUCUCUGAAUAUCCUGUAGUUGAUGGCAAGCUAUCUAUACAGUGCUACCUCAGUGCAUUAGAUCGCUGCUAUACUGUCUAUCGCAACAAAAUCCACGCCCAGUGGCAAAAGGAGGGGACAGACAGACGUUUCACCCUGAAUGACUUUGGAUUCAUGAUCUUUCAUUCUCCCUACUGUAAACUGGUACAGAAAUCCGUGGCUAGACUCUUGCUGAACGACUUUCUCAGUGACCAGAACCCAGAAACAACAAAUGGUGUUUUCAGUGGUCUGGAAGCUUUCAGGGAUGUAAAACUUGAAGAUACAUAUUUUGACAGAGAUGUGGAAAAAGCUUUUAUGAAAGCUAGUGCAGAGCUCUUCAAUCAGAAAACCAAAGCUUCGUUACUCGUAUCCAAUCAGAAUGGAAAUAUGUAUACCCCUUCCGUCUAUGGUUGCCUUGCCUCUCUUCUAGCCCAGUACUCCCCAGAGCAACUCGCAGGACAGAGAAUCAGUGUGUUCUCAUAUGGCUCUGGUUUUGCUGCUACGCUGUAUUCAAUCAGAGUUACGCAGGAUGCUACUCCUGGUUCUGCACUGGACAAAAUAACUGCCAGCCUCUCUGAUCUCAAAGCAAGACUUGACUCAAGAAAAUGUAUUGCACCUGAUGCCUUUGCUGAAAACAUGAAGAUUAGACAGGAAACACAUCAUCUGGCCAACUAUAUUCCACAGUGUUCAGUAGAAGAUCUCUUCGAGGGAACAUGGUACCUUGUGCGUGUGGAUGAAAAACACAGGAGAACUUACGCUCGGCGCCCACUCAUGGGUGAUGGACCUCUGGAGGCAGGAGUUGAAGUUGUCCACCCAGGCAUUGUUCAUGAGGAAAGAAAGAGGAAACUGGCCCUGUGAAAACCUGAAGUUGUGGGUUCACAAGCUGUGUGGACCUUCUGGAUCUUUCAUCUUAGUAUCAUUCCAUUACAAAUUUGGAAAGAAAGGGUUGCUUAGGCUGGUGCAAAACCAUUAUUUCAGGGCUGUGUUUCAAGAUAACUUAAAUGCUUUCGUAUGGAAACUAUAGUGGAGGAAUUCAUUCCCAGCUUAUGAAAUACAAUUCACUUUAUUACUGUCUUAUGAAAGAUGGUAUUGUUUUAUCCCCCUCAGAAAAACCGUGAAAGGGGAUUGGUUCUUGCUUUGUACUUACCUGAGCCUGACUGAGUCCAGAUUCCCAUGGGUGGCUUUUCAGAGGCAUUCUCUUGCUCAUCUACAUUAAUUGCUUGUUUUAAAGACAACUGAUCAUCUCAUCAGUCCCAUACUAGGUAAGGCAUCCCUGCCUUUAAAUGUGAAAGCAUCAGCUGUACUGCUCUAAACCUUGUAUUACUUUACUUGCCUUAACUAAAAUCAUAUAGGCUCUACCUCUUAGCUUAGGCAUGUCAGCUAUGCCUGUUAAGAGAAGGACAGCUACUGCACUUUCCCACCAUUUGCAUUGGAGCUGAUGGUGUUGAAGAUUGAAGUACAAAAUAAGCAAUUAAAGCUGAAAAUUGGAGUAUCUAUAUCUUGGUGAUGCUUGGAACAAUUGGAUUUGUCAGGCUACCCAACUUUCAACCUGCAGUGGUCAAGAGUGACAAAAUCGGCUUUGUUCCAGCCUUAGCUGCCGAAGUAGUAUGGCAGGAGUUAGUACAAGCCUGUAAAACUCAGUAUAUCUAAGCAGAUGUUGUUAUUGGUUGCAUUCAGCUUACUGAUACCUAGUGCUAAAGCAAGAAUUUAAAACUACUUGAGUUUUGGAGUAUGCUUAAAUCUUUCUUUAGUGGAGCGCAACUGGAGUCCAAGCAGUUCUAGACUUUCAGAAUUGUGCAAGUAAUGGAAGGUGUCAGCAGGUUAGUAGAUGGUAGCCCAGCUGGUUAUGAACUAGGAAGUGCAACCACACAUGCAGGCUUAAAGCAGCAUAUCCUAAUUUGCCUUUCUGAAUUGUGACAGACUAGGAACUGUGGUCAACAACAGCAUUGCUGUUUCUUUAAAUAAAAGUAAAGAAAAAAAAAGCUCCAAUAUGCAUUUUAUCAUGUUUAAUUUGCUGGAGAAGUUUUAAAGAAUUUGCAGUUGUUUAGAUUAUGGUCUGGUUUCUGCUUAAAUUUAGUUCUUUGCAGAAACUCUCCUGGUUUGCAGUGGUAAAGGUGUAUCAAGCUGAGGUACAGCUUUUCGAGUAAAUGCAAUACUACUUGAUCUUUGCUGAAAGAGCAUCUCUACUAACAAUCGCUUACGUGUUUCACUUACUGGGGUUCUUGCACUGGCUAUACCAUGUCUCAAGCAAGGGACAAAAAAGUGUGUGACAGCUCUGUAUUUGAGCGCUGCACUGUGACUUGAGAAGUGCAAAGGAGAUGAGGCAUAUUUGGUUUAUUCAAAAAUUACAAAAAAUGUAACAGCAGAACUCGUGAAAAGUGAAUAAAAUCCUUUGUUAAAUGUGCUGAGAAG